AUGCCUACUUUCACCAUCUCAUUUGACGAGAACUCUUCUUCCAACAUGGGGAAGCCACAGUUAUGGCAGAGCGCAAAGCAAAUCUCUUUCGAGGACCACCUUGAACUCACAGCUUUGAUGUUCGAUUGGGGAGACAGCUACGAUGCCAAAGACUGGAAACGCCUUCGCAGCAUCAUUGCACCAACGCUUCUCGUUGAUUACACCGAUAUUGGCAAGCCAUGCUGGCCAGCAAUGUCCGCAGAAGACUUCAUGGGCAUGAUCACCGACGACGGAUUCCUCGGCGACCCAUGUGUCAAGACCCAGCAUCUCCUAGGUGCUACCCGUUGGGUUCGUGUCUCCGACACCGAAGUCAUUGGCAACCACCAGCUCCGUGCUGCCCACCAGGUUUAUGAAGAUGCAUCUCUCUCCAAGGUCAAGCUUCGAGGUCACUCCCAUGCCACCAAUGAGCACUACUACAGAAAGGUGGAUGGUGUAUGGAAGUUUGCCGGUCUCAAGCCAAAGGUCAGAUGGAAUGAGCACAACUUUGAGAAGGUGUUCAAGGGAAGUUACGUCGAGGAGGAGGUGAAGGAGGUUCCAGUGAAGAAUGGUGCACCAGCUGUUUAA